AUGGCGAUCAGACCGAUAGCUGCAGAGAUGUUCGACAUCACCGACUGCAUUGCGGUCAUCACCGGAGGUGGAAGUGGUAUUGGCUCUAUGAUAGCCAAGUCACUGGCAGCGAACGGAGCCAAAGUCUAUAUCCUUGGUAGACGGUUGGAGGUGCUGGAGAAGGCCGCCAAGGAAAUGGUGCAUAUCCUCUUCUUCGUAAAUUGUAGCGUGAACUCGACCGAAGAUCUCCAGCGAGCUGUGGACUUCAUAGACCAGACAGAUGGUCGCAUAAACCUGCUGAUCAACAACGCUGGGAUCGCCACGCCCAACCUGGAGCCACACCAGGCUCGACCACAGCCAAAGUGGGACAUCAAGAAAGUCAGGGACUUCUGGUUCUCGAAAAAGUUCUCUGACUACGCAGCCGUGUUCGAGACAAACACGACGGCGGCACUCCAAGUGACAUUCGCUUUUCUCGAGCUUCUGGACAAAGGCAACAAGUUCCGCGAAAGGCAGGAAGCGGCGGCGAAGUCCAAUGGCAAAGUAUUCCGUGGACCAUAUACAUACACUCGAAGCCAGGUCUUGAGCUUGAGCAGUGUUGGCGGAUUCGGCAGAGAUAACAGUGCGUUCAUCUACGGCGCGAGCAAAGCAGGCACGACCCAUAUGAUGAAGAAUCUGGCGACGUAUCUGAUCCCGUGGCACAUCAGAGUCAAUGUGCUGGCUCCAGGGUACUUCAACACCGACAUGAUGGGUGACUGGUACAAGGCGACCGGUGGUCGUCUUCCACCGACAUUGGUUCCUGAAGAGCGAUUUGGUGAGCUCCAUGAGAUGGGUGGAACGGUCGUAUGGCUGGCGUCCAAGGCUGGCGCGUACUGCAAUGGUCAGGUCGUCUUGAUUGACGGUGGAUACAUUGCCACACAUCCGGCGACAUAUUGA